UGGCAGCGAUGGUGCCCGAGAGAUUCAGCUUCGGCUUGCAUCCGAUCGAUCAUUACUGGUCGAGAGCCAGAGGCGCGUGCAGCAACACGGAGCGCGGAAACAUGUACAUCCUGGUGUCGCUGGUCCUGAUCUUGCUCCACCUCCUGGUGCUGCCCAUUUACCUGUACCUCACCUGGCACCACACCUACUGGCGCAAGCGGGGCUUGGUCACAGCUCGGCCUCUGACCCUGCUGGGCACAUAUCCGGGCCUGCUUACCCGGAAGAGCAAUCUGGUCCUGGACGUGCAGAAGAUCUACGACAAAUACAAGGGAAAACACCGAGCUGUUGGCGUCUUCCUGACGCGACGACCACAGAUCCUGGUUCUCGAUCCGGAACUGGCCCACGAAGUGCUGGUGGGCAACUUCCGCUGCUACAAGGACUCGCUGCAAAGUUCGUACCUGCGGCAUGCCAAGUCGGACAAGUACGCGCGCCUCAAUCCGUUCUGGGCAUCCGGACAGUCUUGGAGGCGCCUCCGCACGGAUGCUCAGGCAGGUAUCUCCGGAAGUCGCCUCAGGCAGGCCUAUAACAUCUGGGAGCAGGGUGGCAAGAUGCUUACCGACUACAUGACGCAGCAGGUGGCGGACAAAAACAAUAUCAUCGAGACCAGAGAUCUCUGCUUCCGAUAUACGGCCCAUGUGAUGGCGGACUUCAUCUGGGGCAUCGAUGCAGGGACCCUAACCCGACCCUUGGAGCAACCCAACGAGGUGCAGCAGAUGGCCAGCAGGUGGACCAGUUACGCCUUCUACAUGCUGACCCUCUUCAUGGCCACCAUUGUGGCGCCCUGCAGUCGCCUGUUGCUGCGAUUCCGUUUCUACCCCAAGGAGACCGACGAGUUCUUCUCCAACCUGACCAAGGAGUCCAUUGAGCUGCGACUGAAGGGUGCUGCUGAUUCCACUCGCACGGAUUAUCUCGCACAUCUGCUGCAGCUGCGUGAUCAGAAGCAGGCCACCCACGACGAUCUGGUGGGUCACGCCCUGACCGUCAUGUUGGAUGGCUACGAUACCACGGGAACAGCUCUGCUUCAUGCUCUGUACUAUCUAGCAGAGAGUCCGGCUGUGCAGCAGAAGCUGCGAGUGGAAAUCCUCACCAGCAUGGAAUCGCAGAAGACUCUCGACUUUGAGAAGCUCUCUUCUCUGCCCUUCUUGGAGCAAGUGAUCUAUGAAUCCCUGCGACUUAGCAGCUUGAUACCGCAGUACACAAAAGUGUGCACAAUACCCACCACCAUUCAGCUGAGUGAAUCCAAAAGCCUGGAAGUUGAGAAUGGGAUGACGAUCAUGAUACCCAACUACCAGUUCCAUCACGAUAAACAAUAUUUUCCCGAACCAGAGACUUUCAAGCCAGAGCGUUUUGAUAAUGGCGCCUACCAGGAAUUAUUGCGAAAAGGCAUAUUUCUACCCUUUAGCGAUGGCCCCCGUAUCUGCAUGGGUAUUCCACUGGCUAUGCUGACGCUGAAAUCGGCUCUGGUUCACAUCCUCAGCAACUUUCAAGUGGUGCGUGGACGGGAAAGGCUGAUCCCGAAGGGAGAUGCUGGAUUUGGGGUCGUUCUGCAGGGAGAUGUUAAUCUCGAAUACCGCCGCUUUUUAAGAUAGACUUGUAUUAAUCAGUUUAUCAGUAAUCAGUUAAUAUAAUAAUCAUUCCCUGCUUUCACUGAUUAAA